GGGCCGUUUUCCCGCGCCACGCCCCCUCGUGACGUCACCGGCGGUGGUGGCGCGAGUGACGUCACGUGGCGCUACCGGGCGGCGCUGCCCCGCCCCGCCCCGCGCCGCGCUCGGGGCUGCCGGCAGCAGCGACCAUGGACCUGGUGCUGGAGGCCGCCGACCGCCACCUCCUGACCCCCUACGUGUACCCCGCCGGCUGGCCCGAGGAGGAGCCCUGCCGGCAGCUCCUCAGCCUCUUCGUCAUCACCAACCUCGGGGCGCUCACCCUCUACCUGCUCUUCGGCACCCUCAGCUACUACUUCAUCUUUGACCACGAGCUCCAGAAGCACCCCAUGUUCCUAGAGAACCAGGUGCGUCGGGAGAUCGCCUACGCGCUGCGCUCCCUGCCCUGGAUCAGCGUCCCCACCGUCGCCCUCUUCUUCGCCGAGGUGCGGGGCUACAGCAAGCUCUACGACAACAUCGAGGACUCCCCCUACGGCUGGUCAGGAGUCUUCCUCAGCAUGCUGUCCUUCCUCUUCUUCACCGACAUGGGCAUCUACUGGAUACACCGAGGCCUCCACCACAAGCUGUUCUAUAAGCGUUUCCACAAGCCCCACCACCUGUGGAAGAUCGCGACGCCCUUCGCCAGCCACGCUUUCCACCCCGUGGACGGCUUCAUGCAGAGCUUGCCCUACCACGUCUACCCCUUCCUCUUCCCCCUGCACAAGAUCACCUACCUGGGCCUCUACAUCUUCGUCAACGUCUGGACCAUCUCCAUCCACGACGGCGACUACCGCGUCCCCCGCCUGCUGCGGCACGUCAUCAACGGCUCGGCCCACCACACCGACCACCACCUCUACUUCGACUACAACUACGGGCAGUACUUCACCCUCUGGGACAAGAUCGGCGGCUCCUACAAAAGUCCCACCUCGUUCGAGGGCAAGGGCCCCCACGACUACCUGCGCAGGCUGCGAGAGAAGGGCCCCGAGCAGCCCAACGGCGCCGUUGACAAAACCGACUAGAUUUUGGCCUAGGCCGGCCGCCACGGAAAGGGGCCAGGCCUCGUCCUGCUGCUCCCGACCCCCAUCGGACUAAAUUUCCCCGUACAGAGCCCUCACCUUGCGCCAGAGCGCCUGACGUGGGUUGAUUUUUCAGCACUGACGGGCACCAGGCCUGCAGAUGGCUCCCCCCGAACGCUGCAAACGGGUCGGCCUCCCCAUCCCCUCCUCCUGGCACACAGACACCUUGCUGCUAUCGUGCUGCUGCUGCUAUCCAGGCUCCUUCAGAUACCACCUGCCACGUCCUUGCCCUGCGCCAAAAUGUGCCCUCCCUGCUCCCCGUGCCCCCAAACAUCAGGUUUUGGGAAGCCUGGUGCCCGCCCUGCUCCCAUGACGGCGCUCCCCAGCCUCUCUCCGUGCUGCAAAGCUCCCUUAAAACCAUCCCCUUCGCCACCUUCAGCUACCUGAGUCCCUGCAGUGGGUGUUGUAACAGCACCACAGCACCACGAGCACGGUGGUAACGUUGUGGGGGGGGUCUCUGGCCAUCCCAUUUCAUGAGCUGCCGUGGAGGCUGCAGCAUCAAAUCGCAUUGAGACAAGAGGCUGAUAACACCAGGCACUUGGUUCUCCCAUCGCAGACACCGAUGUUUCACCCACGUGCCUCUAUUUCAUAAAAAAAAAGCCACCCCUACCUUGUUGCAGCUGCCGUGGAUCCACUCGAUGGCACCGCAGGCUCCGGGUGCGAGGGGAUGUCUCGGCACGGGGCGCAGCUUCCCCGUGGCUUUGUGACACGGGGACACGUUACAAAAGGGCCGGCGUGUAGGGCAGGGACAGACUUUGAGCCCCGUGGGCCCCUCGAGCUCCCCGAGGGACCGCGGGAGGAAGGGCUGGGGCUGGGGAGCAGGCGGUGGGAGGGAGCCCUGGUUCGUGGCAGGUCCCCCCCUAACAGCUGACGGGCUUACUUGGAAACCCGGCCGCCUGGCCUUGGGGUCAGGGUGGCCGUCAAUAAAUCCCACUUGCCAACUUUGGUGACA